UUUGCUUAAGAAACGCAUUCAACAAUAGCGCUAUAAUUAGAUGUGUACUAUAGUGCUCAACAAUUGAGUGCGUUCAUUCAGCGAAAAAAAAAGAAAAGAAAAAAGAAUUGAGUGCGUUCUCUUCUUGUGUCUACACUUUAUUGUUGAAGUGUUUCCUCACGCCCUUUCAAAGAUUUUCAGCAAUUUAUAUAUAUAGUAAAUCAAUCCACCAGUGGUUUCUAAGUUUCAGCUAUGGAAGAAACUCCCGGGAAGAAAGUGCUGAUCACCUCAGAUGGUGAUGAGAUCUCAGAGAACAUUGCUCUCCAUUUAGCCAAACGGGGAUGCAGCUUGGUUCUGAUGGGCAAUGAGAGCUGUCUUCUGAGUAUAGCCGGAAAGAUAAAUGGUUCAGUGAAAGGUGUGAAGCCGGUGGAGGUGGUUGGUGUAGAUAUGGAGGAGGAGAGAGAGGGUCACUUUGCUGAGGCAGUAAACAAGGCAUGCGUAAUUCUGGGAAGUUUAGAUGCUUUUGUUCAUUGUUAUUUCUAUGAAGGAAAGAUGCAAGAACACCUACAAUUAGGUGAAGAUGAGUUCAACAAGAUAAUGAAAAUAAAUUUUAUGGCUCCGUGGUUUCUGUUAAAUGCUGUGGGAAAAAGAAUGCGGGACUAUAAAUCUGGAGGUUCCAUUGUACUCUUGACCUCGAUAAUUGGUUCUCCAAGAGGGCUUUAUCCAGGAGCUGCUGCGUAUGGUUCAUGUUCGGCAGGACUGCAGCAGUUAGUCAGGGUAAGUUUAUUACUGUAUAAUAUAAGCAGUCUUUUACAUCUUCAGUGCAUAUAUUAUAUUAUUUUGCUUUUUUUUUUUUUUUUUGAUAAGUGUAUAUUAUAUUAUUUUACUUCUGGUGAGAUCUUCUGCCUAAAUUUAUAUUCUGAACAGGAGAGUGAAUCAAAUGACACAUUUAUGCGCGUAGAUUGUGAAUUUACCUUGUUAACAUGAAGGUUUAUUAUUGUA